AUGGGAAACUAAAGAUCUAGAGAGGCAUUUAUGUGUCAAGGUAGCGAUAGAUAGAAGAGUGUCCGAAAGUUCAAGAUAGAUAAAGAGAAGAGAUAAAAAUUGCUGCACUCAAAAGAUAGAUUAAAUCAGUUACUGAUGCAGCAUAGCCACAGACAGCUCCAAGACAUUAAGGAUUUAUCACCUUUCGAUUAAAGUCUCCAAUUUAUUCAUGAAAAACUGUUUGACUCAUGCAAGGAUUGGGCUGAGCCAUUGCUGCAGCAGUAUUUAGGAGAGAUGUCCAAAUAGAUAGAUAGGAAAUACUAAACAUACAAAUGGAAUAUUGAAGUUAAUUUGUAAAAAGAAGUGGUAAAGACAAAAGCACUUAGAUAGUGUGUAUCAGACUCAACAAAGGCAGAUAUCUUUAAUCUUUCUGCUUCAUCAGGAAAUAAUGAGAAAGAUGGUGGGAGAAAUCAGUUAACAACAGUAUUCAAUGAGUUAUCAGACAAUGAUGCCAAUGAACUUCAAAUUGUUUAGCAAUCGAUCAUCUAAAUUUAAAAAGUAGUAGAUGUUUCGGAUAAUAAUUUUGAACAUACGAGAAAUUUUUCGCCUAACUAGGACCAAACAUACUCAAUCGAUUAAACUUACUUUGAGAAUUAGUACCCAAGAUUAUACUCAAAUGAAAAGACUAUGCAUUACAGAAGUCAAAAGAACUUUACAGUCGCAAUAAAGCGCUAAUUUUCUGCUGAAAUUGCUGAUGAUACUUAUAAAAGAAGAAGAGACAAGAUUAAAACAUUUCUAGAGAAAAAGGAAACCAAUGAUUUAUUCAGGCGAAAGAUUAAGAUUAUAAAAAAGCAUUUAAGAAACACAUAGCAUCCUUUAAGGAUACUUAUUGAUCUAUUUGCAGUUGAACUCCACAAAGUAACUCUCUUUAAAUCUACUAUAAUAUCAAGUGAUAACCACAGCAGUGAAUAUGCUAAAUUAGGUUGCAAAAAUGUACUCAAAGUUUCAGAGAGACUAAUCGAAGACUAAAAAUCAAAGCAAGUCAAGUUUGACAAAAUAAUUGAAAGCGUUUAAACUUUUAUUUAGCUGUUAAGAUCAGCUAUUAUAAGAUUCUAUCAAAUAGACUACAAUGGUCUAAAACUUGGUGUAAGAAAUUACUUUACUGAUUUUUAUGGUGUAGACGACUAAUAUUAUCUUGAUGCUCAUUUAAUUAGGGAAAAGAAAAAAUUGGCUAGGGAACAGCCAAUCAGAGUGUUACUAAGCAAUCUUGAUGAGAAGUCAGUUUAAUUUUAAUUAAUUAAGUAUCAGGUUAACAAAAGCUAAUUCAAUCCUGAGUCUUAAAAUUAAUCAGUUCCAGCUAGAUAGUCCGAAAAAAAUCCAAUGGGAAGACCCAGAUUGCUUGAGAGCUUGAAGGAUGAAACUGAGAUUUAUAGAAUUGAGGACAACAAAACAGUGAUAUCCACAGUCACCAAUCCUAAGUCUUCUAUGCCAAAACCAAAUCCUUAUUAGAAAUCUAUAAAACUGCUUAAAGAACUUGAAAAAAUUACAUCAUUAAGAAAAAAGAAAUCACUUAUUAAAUAUGUUUGGAAUAAAUUACAAUAAGAAGUAUAUGAAUACUGGAAAUAGCAUCCAGACAUUGUAUCGCUAGACAAGUAAAAAGUAUUUGAAGAUACAAGAUUAUGCUUAAUGGCAUAUAUCAUAACUAAAUCACAAUGUUAGGAUAUCUUGGUAUCCUUUAAAGCUCUUUCACCCUUUAUUGACUAACAUCAAAUGAAGGAUUCAAUGCCAAUGGCUACAGUUGAGAGUGCAAUAAAAGUAAUUAUUUAGGAUCUUUACUAUGAUCAAGAAGAGAUAAAAGAAGAUGAUGGCUAGUAUACUUAGUUAGAUGUUUUUGGGUCAGAAAAGAAUAGAUUCAUGAACAUAAAUGUUUCAAGCCCAGCUAAUGCUUCUCUUUUGAGCAGAAGGUCAGUGGUUGCUUAGCAACCUCAAAGAAGAGAAUUCUUAGAUAAAAUUUAGCAUAUUAAAGAAGAAAACUCUAAAUAGGAUUAGCAGCCUUAAGAUCUAGAGGAUGAGGAAGAAGAACUACAUCAGAAGUUAAGAGCAGAUGCCAAAGAGAAAAGAGACUAGCAUAUCAACAGUCUUAGAAUGAUGUAUUAGGAUGGAACAUUCCUUUCUAGGAAAACAUUUCAAAAGACCUCAUAGAUAAUACAGCAUUCCUUCAAAUCAUUUUUCAGGUACCCAACUAAAAUGAAGAGGCACAAUUCCAGAGAAAACUUUACUAACAUACAAAAUCAAUCUAAGAUAGUUGCAAUGCCUUAGACCGAUAAAAACUAUCAAUUUACUACUGUUUAUCCUGAGUAUACAGUAUCUAGAGUUGAAUAGGGUAGUUCUUAUUCUAAGGACUACCCUCACUAUAAUCUUAACAAGUUUUCUAGAGUAAAAACUCCUGAAAACACUAGGAAAUCAAGAAAAUUUACUGAUCAAUAUUGA